AUGCGUGAAGCAAAUGCAAGUGAACGAACUGCACUCACCACUAGUGGUGGUGCAGGUGCAGACUCGUUUGAAAUUACACCUAAAGAAUUACAAAAAAUUAUGGACUGUCGAAAAUUGGAAGCUGUCAAAUAUCUUAAUGAAAAAUAUGGUGGAGUUGUAGGAUUAUGUCGUUUGCUUAAAACAUCUCCACAAGAUGGUUUACAUGAAGAUGAUUUCACUAAACGUAUUAAUGCAUUCGGUGCUAAUGUAAUACCACAACAACGUGCUAAAACAUUUUUACGUUUAAUGUGGGAAGCAUUACAAGAUUUAACAUUAAUUGUAUUGAUUGUCGCUGCAUUCAUAUCACUUGCUUUAUCACUUUAUAUUAAAUAUGGACAAGCACCAACACUGGAUGAAUCUGAAGGACAAGCUGGUUGGAUUGAAGGUUUAGCUAUAUUGAUUGCUGUAUUUGUUGUCGUGUUUGUUGUAGCAUUAAAUGAUUGGCAAAAAGAACGACAAUUUCGUGGUUUACAAAAUAAAAUUGAAUCAGAGCAUACAUUUUUUGUAAUACGUAAAGGUGAAACUAAACAAAUUCCAGUAAAACAAAUUGUUGUCGGUGAUGUAUGCCAAGUGAAAUAUGGUGAUCUAUUACCAGCGGACGGUGUUGUUAUACAAUGCAACGAUUUGAAAAUUGAUGAAAGUUCCCUGACUGGUGAAUCGGAUCAAGUGAAAAAAAGUGAAACUAAAGAUCCAAUCUUAUUGUCAGGUACACAUGUUAUGGAAGGUAGCGGGAGAAUGGUUGUCACUGCUGUUGGACCAAAUUCACAAGCUGGUAUUAUAUUUGCUUUGCUAUCAUCUGGUUCUAGUGAUGAACAUGGAGGCGGUGGUCAAGAGAAUAAAAAGAAAAAUAAAAUGAAAAUGGAUAAAAAUAACAAAGGCAAUCAAGCCAACAUGUCAGGCGCUGCUGUUAAUUCCGAUGCUUAUCCAAUGAAAAGCACAAAAUCACCUGGUGGUGGAGGUAGUGGUAGUACUGAUCAUAAACCUAAAGACAAGAAAAAGAAACCACGUCGUAAAGAACAAUCGGUAUUACAAGCGAAAUUAACUAAAUUAGCUAUACAAAUCGGUUAUGUUGGUACAUGUGUUGCUAUAGCUACAGUGUUAAUAUUAAUUAUCAAAUUCUCAGUGCAUACAUUUGCACAAAAUAAAGAACCAUGGCAAACUGGGAAACAUUUAAAACAAAUAGUGAAUUAUAUUAUUACUGGUGUAACUGUAUUAGUUGUUGCCGUGCCUGAAGGUUUACCAUUGGCUGUUACAUUGUCAUUGGCUUAUUCAGUGAAACGUAUGAUGAAGGAUAAUAAUCUUGUACGACAUUUAGAUGCAUGUGAAACUAUGGGUAAUGCAACAGCAAUUUGUUCUGAUAAAACUGGUACUUUAACAACAAAUCGUAUGACAGCUGUACAAUGUUUCAUUGGGAAUAAACAUUAUAAACGUAUACCGACCGCAUCGGAAUUACCAGAAUCGAUUAUGAAUUUCAUCGUUAUGAAUAUAUCGAUCAAUAGUGGAUAUACAUCGAAACUGUUGCCACCAGAUAAUCCCAAUGCAUUACCAAAACAAGUUGGCAAUAAAACCGAAUGUGCAUUAUUAGGUUUUGUUAAAUCAAUUGGACGCAGUUAUGAAGAGAUACGUAGCCAAUGGAAUGAAGAACGUUUAUACAAAGUGUAUACAUUUAAUUCAAUACGUAAAUCAAUGAGUACAGUGAUUAAGGAGUCGGAUAAUCCAUUAUCAUUUUUAUUAUUUACUAAAGGUGCAUCAGAAAUGGUUGUGAAAUGUUGUUCAUGGAUGAUGGAUGAACAGAGUAGACCAAGACCAUUUAGUGUACAAGAUCAAGAACGUUUAACUGAAGCAGUAAUUGAACCAAUGGCAGGUGAAGGUCUACGUACAAUUGGUAUAGCUUAUAAAAGAAUUACAGUAGCUACCAAUUCUAAAAGUCCCAAUGAUAUGAUUAUACAAACUGAACCAAAUUGGGAUGAUGAAGAUCAUUUGUUGGAAGGUCUUACAUUAUUAGGUAUUAUCGGUAUAGAAGAUCCAGUACGACCAGAAGUUCCAGCUGCAAUACGUCAAUGUCAAAAAGCCGGUAUCACUGUACGUAUGGUCACCGGGGAUAAUGUUAAUACAGCUAGAUCAAUUGCAAUGAAAUGUGGUAUUAUACAACCAGGUGAAAAUUUCUUAGUCAUUGAAGGUAAAGAAUUUAAUCGUCGUAUACGUGAUCAAGUGACUGGUAAAGUACGACAAGAUUUAUUUGAUCAAGUAUGGAUUAAUCUAAGAGUAUUGGCUAGAUCAUCACCACAAGAUAAAUAUACAUUAGUCAGUGGAAUAAUCAAUAGUCGUGCUGCCGCAUCACGUCAAGUUGUCGCAGUCACUGGGGAUGGAACUAAUGAUGGUCCAGCAUUGAAACGUGCUGAUGUCGGUUUUGCUAUGGGUAUCGCUGGAACAGAUGUUGCCAAAGAAGCAUCGGAUAUUAUAUUGACAGAUGAUAAUUUUUCUAGUAUUGUGAAAGCUGUCAUGUGGGGACGUAAUGUGUAUGAUUCGAUAACGAAAUUCUUGCAAUUUCAAUUGACAGUGAAUUGUGUCGCUAUAAUUGUCGCAUUUGCUGGUGCAUGCUUUUUAGAUGAUAGUCCAUUGAAAGCAAUACAAAUGUUAUGGGUUAAUUUAAUCAUGGAUACAUUGGCUAGUUUAGCGUUAGCUACAGAACAACCCUCAAUUGAAUUAUUAGAUCGUGCCCCAUAUGGACGUACUCAACCGUUAAUUAGUAGACAAAUGGCUAAAAAUAUACUUGGUCAUUCAUUAUAUCAAUUAGGAAUUAUAUUUUUCUUAUUAUUUUAUAUUGAUUUAAUCAUGGAUGUUGACAAUGUAUCCGGUAUCACGCUACAUGAACCAACACAACAUUAUACUAUUAUAUUUAACACCUUAGUAUUAAUGACAUUAUUUAAUGAAUUCAAUGCAAGAAAAAUACAUGGACAACGUAAUGUAUUUAGUGGACUGCAUAGAAAUCCAUUAUUUAUAAUUAUAUGGUUUGUAACAUUUUUAUUACAAGCUUUAAUUAUUCAAUUCGGUUCAUAUGCAUUCAGUACCAAAUCAAUUGAAUUAGAUCAUUGGGCAUGGUGUAUAUUUUUUGGUGUUGGUGAAUUAGUAUGGGGUCAAAUUGUCAAUACAGUACCAAAUGCUAUUAUACCAAAAUGUCAUUGUAAAUGUCCCCAACGUAAACGUACCACUGUUGUCAAUGUGAAUGAAAAUGCAACCGACGAUUAUGUUAAACAUGAAGUUGGUGGAGUCGACGAAGAAGAAGAAGAAGAGGAUGAUGAGAUAUCACCGUUGAGUAGUGCAAAUAUGCCACUUGGUGGACGUAUUCUAUGGAUUCGUGGUGUAAAUCGUAUUCAAACACAAAUGCAAGCUGUAAGUGUUCUUGCACGAAAGUAA